UACACGUGCUAAUGACAUAACUGUGUUCAGCAGCUGAAAUGGAGGACGCGCGCUUGCACAUGCAAGCUUUUUUUUUAUUUUUAUUAAACCAUUUUGAAUGCAUGUAUUAAUCGAUUUGUAUAUACUCUAAACUGAAUUACUGUCAAGUUUUACUGGAAAUAAGCAAAACGUGAAUCAGAAUCAGAAAACACAAGGAAUUUGGUUCCAGCUGUUCCAGCUGUUUAAUCAACACAGGCCAAGCUGUCUCAGUGUUACGAGCUUAAAUUUAGUAAAAUUGAGACAUUUUUUGGAUAUUAUAGAAGAUUUAACACUUUCUGAGCAAACAGACUCAAUAAUGCAACAUCACCAGGCACAGAAUGAUUUUCGGCGUAAGUGGGAAAAGGAUGAGUAUGAACAUUUGGCUCAAAAGCGAAUCACAGAGGAAAGAGAGAAAAAAGAUGGCAAACUCGUACCCCCAGUCAAACUAGCACCCCUUCAGUCCAGAGACUACAAGGUGGAUUUGGCGUCUAAGGUUGGAAGAACCAGCUUCAUCACAAAGACCACACCACAGGCUGAGUUGGGAGGGCACUACUGCAAUGUUUGUCAUUGUGCUGUGAAAGCCCCAUACAGCUUUCUGGAGCACAUUAAAGGCAAGAGGCACCAGAGGAACCUGGGAAUGAGAUGGGGAGUGGAUCUCUCCUCGUGGGAUGAGGUUAAAAAACGUUUCGAGUUUUUCAAAAAGACACUGGAAGAAAAAAAAAAGGACGACUUUGAAGAGCGAAUGAAGAAAUUGCGAGAAGAGGCACAAAAUGAUUUUCGGCACAAGUGGCAAAAGGAUGAGUAUGAACAUUUGGCUCAAAAGCGAAUCACAGAGGAAAGAGAGAAAAAAGAUGGCAAACUCGUACCCCCGGUCAAACUAGCGCCCCUCCAGCCCAGAGACUACAAGGUGGAUUUGGAGUCUAAGGUUGGAAGGACCAGCUUCAUCACAAAGACCACACCACAGGCUGAGAUGGGAGGGCACUACUGCAAUGUUUGCCAUUGUGCUGUGGAAGCCUCCAUCAGCUUUCUGGAGCAUAUUAAAGAUAAGAGGCACCAGAGGAACCUGGGAAUGAGAAUGGGAGUGGAACUCUCCUCGUGGGACCAGGUUAAAAAACGUUUCGAGUUUUUCAAAAAGAAACUGGAAGAAAAAAAAGACGACUUUGAAGAGUGAAUUAAGAAAUUGCGAGAAGAGGUGGGUUAUGGGAUCAAGCUUAUUCUGACAUCAGGAGGGUUGUUGGUUUGGUUUGAGAAGGAAACGUUCUGAGCUAUGAGAAAAUCACAUCAUAGUAAGUUUGUAAUUGUAAUGCUAUGUAUAGAUAUAGCCGUGACAAAGAAGCAGAGAGAUCUGGCGACAUGAGCGAAAGCCCCUAGGUUGCAAGAUAUGGAUGUGAACAUGACAACUACCAAAGGAAGUUACGACAGUAGCGUGCACAUAAACAACACACACUGCUUCUUCUUCAUCUCAUAUGAUAUAAUGCAUAUAUACACUGCUGAAUUUUAUACACAAACACCAAAUUUCCCUCCAUGAUGUUUCAGUUUAGCUGCAAGAAAUCUCCUGCUAGUUGUGCCACAUGCUGCUAAGCAAUACGAUAAAAGCAGGAAGUACUGUAGGAACACCUGCUGGUUACUUCAUAGUACAGCGACUGGCUGUUCUAUGAUGCUUAUGCGUUUUUUGAUUCAUUAUGUAAUUAAAGAAUCUACAAAACCUGAA